UUCGAAGCAUUCAUAUUUAUAUACCGAUCCUUAUGAGCCAAUUGUGCAUAGAACUUUUGGUAUCGACCAAUCUAAUUGGAAUAUAAUAUCACAACAAAUAAAAGAUAUUUUUUCUGGAAUUUUUGCUGGACAUCGUAGGUUCGAACAUCCUG